UUGCGCAUACUUUGAGUGCAGGCUGGAGAUCUGACAAAGUAAACGAAACACGGGCAGAGAGAGAAGCAACAGGGAGGGACUGAGCGUAAACGGGAUAACAGGCGUAACCUCUGUGUUUACACAUACAUGCCCACAAAGAUAGCCGUUAGCUUUGUUGAAGUUGCUUCUGUAAGACCUGAAAUUGUUCAACUUGUUCAAGAGGCGGUGAGGUGCCUUCUCAAGGAUUUCCGUCUUAUUUCGCCGUUUUUGUGAAUCCAGUUCUGCUCCAGCUAGAAGAUGAAUUCAUUGGGCAGUUCUUCCAAAUGGCCAUCUUAUGACUCGCUACCCUCCACCUCGAGCUUUGUCCUCAGUGAGAGUGAGCAGACAGAGGAUGAAGCAGAUGUCUUCUCAGAGGGAGAGGGGUACACUGGAAGAAGAAAAUCCCUCUCAGUUGAUGAAGGAAUCCCAUUAACUGGAAAUUACCUUGAUUUCCCAGCUCAUUCAGAUCAGACGCAUUCGAGGUCUAAGAACGACCAGUCUAAACAAUGCCCUGAUCAGACUAAGCAUCCUGACUCAGCCUCUACUCCUGGAGCUGCCACAUUAGGCUCGUCACCAGCAACACCAGGGGACCUGGCCUUCGCUCAGAAAUGUGCAGAUUUGCACAGGUUUAUCCAUCCGUUGCUUGAACUCCUGCAUGGACUAAAGACAGGCCGAUUUGACAAAGGUUUAACCAGUUUCCAGCAGAGUGUUGCCAUAGAUAGACUUCAUAGGAUUCUUGGAAUUCUGCAGAGGCCUGAAAUGGGUGAGAAAUACCUUCAAAAUCUGCUACAGAUAGAGAUGAUGCUAAAACUGUGGUUCCCUCGGGUGGCAUUUCAGUCCAUAGAUAAACCAAACCAGACCAUCGCUCCCCGACCACACUGGCACCAAAAUCAGCUUCACAUGCCAGUUAAGAAGAGACAACUGAGCUGGUCAGACCCUGACCAGGCUGGCAAAGUCCAAACCAAGCAUAAGCACCAUCAACAUGAAAAACGUGUGAGCUGCCAGGUUUCCUGCACCGUUUCCACACGUCUACCUGAAUCACCUAAAAAAAGGAAAACUUCAGAUGAAGAAACAGUUGAACCUGCUGGGUGCAGCUGGAGAGCUGGACAUGAGUUUACAGAUAGCAGUGGCUCUUUAAGCAGGCCGUCCUAUUCAUGUAGCAAGACAGAAAGUGAGAUUCGGAAGCAGCAUGAGAUUUCUCCGCCCUCCCCUGGUGGCAACCCGGCCACACAAGACAGCUCAGUGUCCUCAAGCGACACCGUUAUUACAAAUGACUCACCUUAGCUGGCCUUAGCUGACCUUGCUACUACAUGGAGGUGCCACAGCAUGCCAGCCAGAGGGAAGGCAGAGGGCGGACUUGAUUACAUAAGCAUACAGUUAGGUGCAGAGUCAGCCUGUGAUGGCUGCGAGCCACUUAAAACCAGAAGAGGAGGAGGAGAAAUGCAAUUAGACACUCUUUAACCCUUGUCUGCCCAAUGUGAUUUUGAUUACACCGGAGUUAUUGCACUAUACUACGAGGAGUUAUAUAUUGUUUGUCUGUAAGAUUAUGACUUUUGUAUACAUUGGCUUUUACUAAGUUAAAAGAUGUUGGAAAUACUUUACAAGUGUAAUGCUUAAAAGCAGUCUGUGCUCUGUUUAGUAUUUUUUCAUAUCAUGGGCCGAGCCGUAACAGUAACAGUAUAGGAUUUCAUGCCAUUGGUGUAAAACAGAAGUAGCAGAUAUCACUUUUAUGAAAGUGAGCAAACACAGGAUCAUUGCUGGUGCAGUUUAAAGCUGAAACAAUUAGUCAGUUGUUUAAAAAAUAUUUUUUCAAACAAAAAAUAUAUAUUAGCUUGUUUACUGCUUCUUACAUCUGAUGAUUAUUUUUGCUUUUCUUUGUCAGGUAUUAUAGUAAACUGACUAUCUGCUGGUUUUACUUUGUGCUCCAGCAACUUGUUAUGGGCAUGUUUCAAAUAAUUGGCAAUUUAAUUUGUAGUGAAAAUAACUGGUAGUUGCAGCUCUGGUACAGUUACACAGAUAUUUCAGUCAUGACCACAGAUGACUAAAAAUGGCAUUUAAGAAGCUUAAAACAGUUUUUUUGCGAGCUGCUUGACCGCAACGUCUAGUAGAGUAAAGGCAUGUAACCGUUGCCCAAAUCUGCCAAAUUGCCUAUUCUGCAUUACAAUAUCAAACGCACCUUACUUCACAGUCACUGCGUCUUUAUAUAAACACAUCUUUGUUUCUAUGUAAAUAAGAAUUGAUGUAGUUGCACUUACAAUAAGACAGCAAAAUGCUGCACAGGAAAUACCACAACCUGAGUGUGGUGAUAUUAUUAUGUAGGUUGCUACUUUAGGUAGCCAGUGAGUGAACUUCUUUUGGUUAGAAAGACUUGAAAAGGUUAGUACUUUAUUACACACAAGACUUUUGAGUGACUUUUUAUAGAAGAGUAAACAGGCAUAAUGUAUUUGAUCCUGUGUAAAUUAGAAUUGAUACAACUGCACUUUGGAUGACAAGAAGGAAAUGUUACAUGUUAACAGCAAAAGAGUUUCCCUCGGCAGACUCGUGUAGCCAGUCGCUGUGUGUUACACCUGAGAUGAGUGCUUUACAGGUGCUUGAGUGAGAGACUUUAUAGGCAAUCUUGUAAUUUCUUUGUUUUAUUUGUAAUCCUUUCAUUUCUGCACUUUGGAUGGAAGUAGUUGAAAUCCAUGAAAAUUACAUUUAGCUUGUUGUGCACACAAAAUGCCCCAAAUGCACGAUGUCAUUAUGAUGGGAAAAGAGUUUCUGUGUCCCAUUUAAAAUGGAUUUGUAUCACUUAAAGUGCUUUACUAUUGACUAUGUAACCAGGACUAAUAUCACUGAGAUAUCAUAAACAAAACUCCAUUCCUGAACACAUUUGUUAUUUUUGAUAGCAUUUUUUUUUAAGGAUUGUUUCACCAUAUUUUAAAUCAGAUAUCAUUCAUGUUGAAUGGCAUUUCAUCUCUGGUAGUUUGUCACCAGUCAGCCUUAAGGGUAACCAUAAACCUGCCUGAAAUUAAAUCAACAAUCAUACAGAAAGUGUAUUCUUUAACCAACGAUGGUAAAAUCAUCAUCUCACCACUUGUUUCAUUGCAAACCAAAUGUGCUGCUGUGUAGAUGUCUCUCACGCUUCACCAUUAGUAGUUUUCAUUGACCUGGGGUUAGGUCAUUAAAAAUCAAAAUUUGUAAGCAUGUGGUAGAGAACAAUAGUAUAGUGUAGUGUUGUUUUGGUAUAUUAAAUGCCAUCAUAUAGCUUCCUAUAGUACAGGUUUUGCUAUUCUGAGUUAUGCAUAUGUGAAACAACAAUUGUGAAAUAGGUAAUACUGAAAGUUGUGUAAAAAAAAAUCAUACUCCCCAGUUAUAUGUCUUUCAUUUUUCAUGUUUUUAGCGCUUUUUCUUUGUUUCUUAUAAUGAAAUUGUCAUUACUGAUGUUUGAUUGAUAAAUGGACAUAUUUUUAUAUAUUAAAUGAAUGAUGUGGUUCAUCAAAUUUUUGUAUGUUUGUU